GUUGCAGCAGUCUAAACCAGACACACCUGGAUUAAUCAGUUUGGCCAAUAAUGUAAGACAGGAAAUGAAUGUGCACAGCUAUUUUCAGGAAGUAGUGGAGCUGUGAAAAUACCCCAUUAAAGAACGUGGCGCUGCUCCCCACCCAAAUUUGUUUUUCUGUGUGUCUCUGCUCCCAUCGCUGCUGGACACUUACAACAAGAGCUGCGACUGCAGGGCAGCGACCAUCAGGGACAUUCACCGCCCCUCUAGUGUCCGCUCUCAGGAGGAGGAGGAGCAGCUCUGUUCGGGUGAACCAGGAACAAUGGUGGAACCAGGAAACUGAAGAGAAGCACUGAGUUCAGAGUCCAACGUCCAGUCGACUCUCUCGGAGAAGGAGAGCCAGCCUGACUGAACAUGUCUGGUGUGGAUGAAGAGGAGGACAGACCAGAGUCUGUGGACAGAUGUCAGCAGCUCAGACACACAGCAGAGUCUUCAGGAUCCAGCAGGCUGUCGUUGAAGAGUGACUGGUCCAAAAGUUUGUCACCAGAUUUCAGUGUUGAACCUCCACCGUCAGACAAACAACAUCAGCAGCUCACACACACAGCAGAGUCUUCAGGAUCCAGCAGGCUGUCAUUUAAGAGUGACCGGUCUAGAGAAAAUCCUCCAGACUUCAGUGGUGAACCCAGACCUUCAGACACAAAAUACCAGCAGCUCACACACACAGCAGAGUCUUCAGGAUCCAGCAGGUUGUCCAGAGAAUAUCCUCCAGACUUCAGUGCUGAACUUAGACCUUCAGAUGCAAUAGCGAAGAAGAGCAGUGAUGUCUGUGAGGAGCAGCCAGAACGAUCCAGAAGCAGAGUUGCACCAAGUGUGGGUCUGCAGCAGCUUCUAGAAGAACAUAAGAAGAGUCUGAGGAGCAGAUGUGAACGUGUGACUGAAGGAAGUGAUGAAGCAGGAGGAGGAAGCCUCCUCAACAGGAUCUACACUGAGCUCCACAUCACAGAGGGACUCAGUGAGGAGCUUCAGAGGGAACCUGAGCUGAAGCAGCUGGAGACAGCUUCCAGGAAGGAGAGCCUCCAUCACACUGCCAUCAGGGUUCAGGACAUCUUUAAAGCCUCAGCCCAGCAGCUCAGACGCAUCCGAGUGGUUCUGACCAGCGGCGUGGCCGGCAGUGGAAAAACCUUCUCGGUGCUCAAGUUCAGUCUGGACUGGGCCGAGGGCCUGGAGAACCAGGAUGUCAAUGUGCUGGUGGUGCUCUCCUUCAGGGAGCUGAACCUGCUGGGAGAGCGGCCGUACAGUCUCCUCUCUCUGCUGGGUGUUUUCCAUCCCACGCUCCAGAAGCUGACGGCAGAGGAUCUGGCUGUCUGCAAGCUGCUCUUCAUCUUGGACGGCCUGGAUGAAAGCAGACUUUCUCUGGACUUCAGCAGCAGCCGGCGGCUGCUUGACGUCUCCCAGCAGUCUUCAGUCAGCCUGCUGCUCAUUAACCUCAUCCGGGGGGAUCUGCUGCCCUCGGCUCGGGUCUGGAUCACUUCCCGACCAGCGGCGACCCAUCAGAUUCCUCCAACAUGUGUGGACAGACUGACAGAAGUGCGAGGCUUCACUGACGCCCAGAAGGAGGAGUACUUCAGGAGGAGGCUGAGUGAUGAGGAGCUGAGCAGCAGAAUCAUCUCCCACAUCCAGACCUCCAGGAGCCUCCACAUCAUGUGUGGAAUCCCAGUCUUCUGCUGGAUCACUGCUACAGUUCUGGAGCACAUGUUGAGCAGCGAGCAGAGAGGAGAGCUGCCCCAGACCCUGACUGACAUGUACUCCCACUUUGUGCUGGUUCAGACACACAGGAAGAAGCUCAAGUACCAUGAAGGACCUGAGACGGGUCCACAGGAGCUGACGGAGGCUGACAGGGAGCUUCUUCUGAAGCUGGGCAGGAUGGCCUUUGAACAUCUGGAGAAAGGAAACAUGGUGUUCUCCCAAGAAGACCUGGAGCAGUGUGGUCUGGAUGUGACUGAGGCCUCGCUGUACUCUGGAAUCUGUACUCAGAUCUUCAAAAGAGAGUCUGUGAUCUUCCAGAAAGUCGUCUACAGCUUCUUCCAUCUGAGUGUUCAGGAGUUUCUGGCUGCAGUCUUCAUGUUCCACUGUUUCACCAGCAGGAGAACAGACGUACUGAAGACCUUCGUUGACAAGAGAUAUCAUCAUGAUGAUGUUUUCACUUCUCUUGAUUUGUUCCUGCAGAAAGUUCUGGAGAAAUCCCUCAGAAGUCAGAACGGCCACCUGGACCUGUUUGUCCGCUUCCUUCAUGGCCUCUCUCUGAAAUCCAACCAGAGACUCUUAGAAGGUCUCCUGGGUCGAACAGAGAUCAGUCCAGAAACCAUCCAGAGAGUCACCAUGGGUCUGAAGGAGAUGAAUAGUGACAAAAAGUCUCCUGACAGAAGCAUCAACAUCUUCCACUGUCUGACGGAGAUGAAGGACCUCUCAGUCCAUCAGGACAUCCAAGAGUUCCUGAAGUCAGAGAACAGAUCAGAGAAGAAACUCUCUGAGAUCCACUGCUCAGCUCUGGCCUACAUGCUGCAGAUGUCAGACCAGGUCCUGGAAGAGUUGGACCUGGAGAAGUACAAGACAUCAAGGGAGGGACGAAGGAGACUGAUACCAGCUGUGAGGAACUGCAGGAAGUUUCGACUUUCUGGCUGUGGACUCUCUGAUUCUGACUGUGAAGUGAUCGCCUCAGCUCUGAAGUCUGACCCCUCCCAUCUGAAACACCUGGACCUGAGUGACAACAGGCUGAAUGAUUCAUCAGUGAAGAUCCUGUGUUCUGGACUGGAGAGUCCAAACUGUAAACUGGAGACUCUGAGAUUGGAAUGUUGCAGUUUUUCAAAGAGCAGCUGUUCUUCUGUGGUCUCAGCUCUGAAGUCCAAUCCCUCCCUCCAAAAACAUCUGGAACAUCUGGAUCUGAGCGGGAACCAGCAACUGGAUUCAGGAGUUGAGCAGCUGUGUGGUUCUCUGGAGAGUCCACUCUGCAGUCUGCAGACUCUGAGAUUGAAAGACUGCAGUUUGUCAGAGAUCAGCUGUUCUUCUGUGGCCUCAGCUCUGAAGUCCAACCCCUCCCUCCAGAAACAUCUGAAACAUCUGGACCUGAGUAGGAACCGUCUGCAAGAUUCAGCAGUUGAGCAGCUGUGUGGUUUUCUGCAGAGUCCACUCUGUGGUCUGCAGACUCUGAGCUUGGAGGGCUGCAGGUUGUCAGUGGCCAGCUGUUCUUCUGUGGUCUCCACUCUGAAGUCCAACCCCUCCCUCCUGAAAUACCUGAAGCAUCUGGACCUGUGUACGAACCAUCUGUGGGAUACCGGAGUUGAGCAGCUGUGUGGUUUUCUGGAGAGUUCACUCUGUGGUCUGCAGACUCUGAGGUUAAAGGACUGCAAGUUGUCAGAGAUCAGCUGUUCUUCUGUUAUCUCAGCUCUGAAGUCCAACCCCUCCCUCCUGGAACAUCUGGACCUGAGUGGGAACCAGCUGCAAGAUUCAGCAGUUGAGCAGCUGUGUGAUUUUCUGGAGAGUCCACUCUGUCGUCUGCAGUCUCUGAGGUUGGAAAACUGCAGUUUGUCACAGAUCAGCUGUUCCUCUCUGGUCUCAGCUCUGAAGUCCAAACCCUCCCACCUAAAGGAGCUCCACCUGAGUUACAACCAGCUGCAGGUUCCAGAUGUGCAGCAGCUGGUUGAUCUCCAGCAGAGUCCAGACUGCAGCCUGCAGACUCUGAGGUGGAGGGACUACCAGGAGUAGAUCCCAAAGAUCUACUGAGAGCAGAGCUUCAUCCAGCAGAGGAACCAGCAGGAGAUGUGCAGAGUGAAGAGCUGUGUGAGUCCAGCAUCGAACCAGGAUCCCUCUGGAUGUGACUCAGAAUCAUCCCAGUGUGUGAACUGUGUCUCCUCCUCCUCUGUUAUAUUUCCUGUAAUAAUUUGAAGCAGAUUGAAGUCUUAAAGUCCAGCUCCACUCUAUUUUUUCAGUUUAUUCUGCUGCUGAUUGUGACUCACUGGUUAACAGGACAAUUUCAAACUGGCCUCCAUGUUAAAAAGGUUGCAGACCUGUUCCAGACAAAGACAGAUGGUGUUUCGCUGCAUUAAUAAGUUCAGAAAAAUGACAGAAUGAAAUUCUUACUGUAUUUGAUCAGUGUAUCAUAAACACUGUGUCUACAUAUCCAGGUCUGGAUUAAAAGAGUCAAGUGUGCUUCAAAGAAUCUGUCUGGGAUUAGAAAAUGGCUUGUUUGUUUGUUUGAAGAGUAAAAACAAAGUUGAUGACAGAAAGUAAAAAAUUAGCUGAAGAGAAGCUUCCUGCAUGGCGGCCAUCUUUGGACAGAGUCACUUGCUGAAUUCCCCUGGAAAAAUAUUUCCCAGACCAUCAUUCACCAGGCCUAUUGGAACUCAAACCCCUCAAAGAGAAGUCUGUGCAGAGUUUCUUUCUUGUGCUGCCACUCUGGGACCUCAGUGAAGUCAUUUUUUAGUGUGGUGCAGCCUGACUUUCAGAAACUCACCUGACACUACUGAUCUCAGUAGGGUUGAAUGGUUUGAAUGGCUCCAGACUCUCCACUGUAACCAGAGCUUCACUGAGUCUGACUUUUAAAGCAGUGGGAGAAGCAGGAAAAGCAUCAUUGUGGUUCUGGUGGAAAGAGAUGAAAAUGUUGAGAGGUGAUUCUGACUGCAGAGCCUCCACCACUCAGGAGCUGCUACACCUUCCUGUUUCACUGCCAAUUCCGGUUAUGUCUUAUGAGCACUGUCUUUGGGAGACGUUAGAAAAAAUUAUCCAGAGAUGUAAAAAAUGUUCUUGGCUACAACAAAACAGAACAGUCAUUCUUCACAUGAAGGUACAGUUCACAAUACAUAUACACAUUAAAUCCAUCAAUAUCUAUCAUUAAUCUUUUACCUGCAGUCUCGAGUCUGUUUUUAUUCAGACCAGAGGCAGUUCAGAGAAGAAUCAAGGUUGCAUUUGAAUCAAAACGAUGUCUCAGUAAAGCUGGCUGAUUUAGAAAAAAAAAGCACAUGGCUGAAAAAAAAUGUAUAUAUACCAGUGGUUCACCUUGAAGGUAUGGUACAUACUUUCAGCACCAUGGACAGCUCUCUAAACCCAGUAAUAAAGCCCCACUGCUGUGGACGCUGGAUCUUCACUGCUGUGUACAGAAUAAAGCUCAUGAGUCCAUCACCUGAGGAUCGCUGAUCAGAAGAGCCCCCUGCUGGAGAAAAGUAAACACUACAUCAACACAACCCUUUAUAUGACCGCGUUUCUGUUGAUUUAUUGUGGAUUCAAAUAAGUUGAUGAACUUCUAGUCAGAUAUUUCCAAUAUUUGUUGUUUUAUUAUGAAUUUCUAUAACAAUAGUAAUUGUGUAAAAAUAAAAAUAGUAUUCAACAUUGAUUUUAUUUGUAUUUCGUGUUCUUUUACAGUAAAUAAAUCAAUAAAACUUAAACAUUUUCUUCUUCCACCACCUCUUGUGUUCUGUCUCUGGAGCUAUAACUCAGGUCACAA